UGGAGGCUUGAGUAACACGCUCUACCUAUGCAGCCUGCCCAGCAGUACGGUCAUCCUGAACAACGAACCUAGGCAGUCACGUUGCCUGCACGUCGGUGAGCUCGGCGAUCCGGCAAUAUCGGCCGUAAUCGCGAAGAAGAUGGCCGCCGUCCAUCAGCUGCAGCUGCCCAUCAGCAAGACGCCCGGCUGGAUAUUCGACAUGACGAGCAGGUGGCUCCACCACGUGAGAGCGAACAGUGAGCAUCUGACGGCGCACACGAGCAAGCGCGACAACGCGGUCCUGCAGACGCUGCUGGAGUGCGACAUCGAGGGAGAGCUGCAGUACUUACAGGAUCUACUGUGCAAGGCCGAAUCGCCGGUGGUGUUCUGCCACAAUGACGUGCAGGAAGGCAACGUUCUCUUGCGAGACGAGAAGGGACCCUUAAUCGAUAGGCUUGUGUUCAUCGACUUUGAAUAUUGCAGUUACAAUUACAGGGGUUUCGACCUGGCAAACCACUUCUGCGAGUGGCGCUACGACUACAAGGUGACGACCGCUCCCUUCUACAAGGUCUACAUGGAGAGAUACCCGAGUCGCAAGCAGCAGCUGCUCUUCAUCCGGUCCUAUCUCGCUGAGAUGCAAGCCAACACGGCCAACGAGCAGGCGAGCGACGAGUCAUCGGCGGCGGCAGCAGCAGCGGCGGCGGAGGAGGAGGAAGAGCGCCUCCUGGUGGAGGUGAAGAAGUUUUCGCUCGCGUCGCAGAUGAUCUGGACGCUGUGGAGCCUCGUGCAGGCCGACAUCGCCAAGAUCGAGUUCGACUACCUGAGAUACGCGCUCGAGAGGUGGCGCCAGUAUCAGCGUGACAAGCGCGUCAUCGAGACGGGGCGCUAGCGUUGAGGUCGUCGGAUGCGGCAGAGGGCGCCGCUACGGAGGCUUCCCAUUUUUUGGCGAGGCGGCGGGGGACGGCAUGUGGACGAAGGACUUGCGCACAGAUGACGCGAGGUCAGAGGUUACCCCAAGACGAUCCAUCUAGAUCGACAGGAUCCGCCAAGCCGCAGUGGUGCGCGCGCACUGGACCACAUUGUGCCUGCCCGCCUCACGGAUGCUCUUGUGUUUGGCGGGUCGGCGACGCGCAUCGCAGGAGAGAGUCAGUCAAGUUCGCCCGCCCGACCGUGACAUUUUGUUUGUCGAUCGAUGUUGUUGUCAUUGUUGUUGUUGUUGUUGUUGUCGUUGUUGUUGUUGUUUAUCUUAACUGUCAGCUCAAGUCGACGUGUGCUCAAGGAAUUUGUCUUCGUGGUUAUGUCGCGUUUCCUUGCUGAUUGUACAGCGUUGUGAGGUGGGAAGUAUUAAGGUGUGCAUGCGUGUACGUGCGUGUACGUGCGCGUACGUGCAUGUGUGUGCGUGCGUGUACGUGUGUGCGUAU